GACAGCCAUACAUUCUCAAGGCUCUCCUACAGAUGGCAGUAAUGUCCAUGCAAAUGCGUGCUGUUUGCCAACGAAGAAGAAGCAGCUGACAAGCAGCCAUGGCGGACAUGAAGAAAGAGGUUGAUGAGACCCUUGAAGAGCUGACAGACUUUGUCAAAAAGCAGCGAUGGUGGAACAAGGUGGUGGGUAAAAACUCCAAACCUGUGGCCGAGAAGUAUUCCGUUAUGACACAAAUUGCCAUCGGAGGAGUAACCGGCUGGUGUGCUGGCUUUGUGUUCCAGAAGGUUGGGAAGCUGGCAGCCUCGGCAGUGGGGGGAGGGUUCCUCUUGCUGCAGAUUGCCAACCACACAGGCUACAUCAGCGUGGACUGGAGGAAAGUGGAGCGCGACGUCAACAAGGCCAAGAAGCAGCUACAGAUCAACGUGGAGAAGCCACCCAAGGCAAUCAAGACAAAGACAGAAGAGGUCCAAAUCUUUGUGAAGAACAAUAUCAUCGUGAUGGGAGGGUUCGCUGGCGGAUUCCUGAUCGGACUGGCCUCAUAACUCCCCACUGCACUCCAGGCGCUGCUUUUAUUUUAUAUUUUGUGUUUCUGUUAUUCUUUAGAAUCUUCCCUUUAUUCUCAAGGGUCUUCCAGUUCUACCUACCAUCAUGAUGUCCGAAAUAUCUUAAUAGCAAGAGCAUAUCAAAUCAGUGUAUUGCUGUGCUUACUGGACUUACCAAAAAAAACUGUGUUUUUCUUUUAUGAUUAUAAGAUUAUGGUCAACAAGUGUUGAUAAUAGUAAGUUUGUUAAUAAAAUAUGAUGUGCUCUGUAAAACGAGAGCUUUUUUGCAUGAAUGAUGUUAAGUGUGGUAUGUUUUGUGUAAGUGGUACUUUUGUUGUAUGGAGGAAUGCUGUGCAAGAAUACAGGACUAUAUUUCCCA